AAAAUGUUAGCCGCUAUCGCCGGUUAUGCCGUAGGCAUUAUAUAACGCAGUAGAAGCUGUGAGCGGCCGUCAGUAGCUCGGCCACGCUGCUCCUAUAAAAGUGUUGGUGUGCAACCGGGCAUUCUAAACGCAAUGAAGUGCUACGUGCGGGAAGCCACGGUCAGCCUGCUGCUUCUACUGCUUCUAGUUCAUUCGUGUGCAUGCGCAAGAAUUCUGGGUAUCAACCCAACGCCGUCCAUCAGUCACCAGCUGCCAUUUCUUAUAAUCAUGCGAGCUCUCGCAGAAAGGGGGCAUCAAGUCACCAUCAUCACCACCGAUCCUAUCAAGGACCCACCUCCAAACAUGACUCAGAUAGACAUGUCGUUCAUGUACGACAUGUGGAAAGAAGAUAUCGAUUUCUUAAAAAAUUCUCUCUCAUCCAAAUCAGAACUGAUGGUCAUUAUUGAAGAGCAUGUUAAGAAGGCGUGUGAUGCCCAACUAAAAAUUCCAGGCCUGAAAGAACUUCAAUUUGGAGAGAAGUUCGAUUUGGCGAUAAUUGAGACGUUCUUAUACGACUGUCACUUUGGCCUCGUGCAUAGACUAGGUCCUCCACCAGUUAUUGGUUUCUGGUCAGCUGAGCUAUACCCACUUUUACAUAUCAUCGUGGGUAACCCAAUUAAUCCUGCUUAUUACCCAGACUUUGAGUCAAGCUACAUGGACCAUAUGACAUUCCUGGAAAGAGCUGACAAUGCCUACAAGAUGCUGCAAUCCAUCAGGCGGUUCGAAAGACUUUCGACAUCACUGGAAGAGGUGAUGAGAGAACAUUUAGGAAGUGACCUGCCCAGCAUGCUCGAUAUGCAGUACAACAUCAGCCUCUUGCUGGCCACAACUCAUUUCUCUGCUGAUUAUCCGAAGCCAAUGCAACCUUCUGUGAUACAGAUGACAGGACUUCAUGUUAAGGGAAAGCCGAAUCCCCUGCCAAAGGAGAUACAGUCUUUCCUGGAUGAUGCGGAACAAGGGGCCAUAUACUUCAGUCUUGGGUCUAAUAUGAAGAGCAACAGUCUUCCAAAGAAUAUAAGGCAAAGUCUAAUGGAUGCUUUCUCGGAACUCCCUCAGAGGGUGCUCUGGAAGUUUGAGGAUGAUGACCUUCCAGGGAAACCGAGCAACGUCAUGAUUGCGAAGUGGCUUCCUCAACAGGACGUUUUAGCUCACAAGAAUGUGCAGCUCUUCAUGACUCAAGGUGGUCUUCAGAGCUUCAACGAGGCGUCCUAUUAUGGUGUGCCUCUUGUUGGGAUACCCUUCUUUGGUGACCAGGGACACAACGUAGGAAAAAUGAUAGAAGCAGGAAUUGGUGUGAAAUUGGACUUCAAUACAAUCACAAAAGAGAAGGUUCUGAACGCUGUGCAGACAGUUCUGGACAAUCCUAGCUACCAGGAGAACAUGAAGCACUUCUCUGCCAUCUACCGGGAGCACCAGAGCACGUCCCUGGAGAGGGCGGUGUGGUGGGUGGAGUACGUGAUCCGCCACCAGGGGGCCCCUCACCUGCGCAGCGCAGCCCUCGACCUGCACUGGUGGCAGCUGCUGCUGCUCGACGUCAUAGGCUUCAUACUGGCUGUAGCGGCUGUGGCUGCGUUUAUCCUGUACAAACUGACUCUGUGGCUACGAUCUCUGUUGACGCCAGCCAGAAAAUUAAAGAAACACUGAGAUUAUGAAUGCAUAAUGUGCCCACAACUUGCCAGUUACCUCUCACAGUGCAGUAGAUGGGAUUCGGCAGCCACGCCUAAAUCUAUUUCCAAAUUUUUUGUUGUACAUCUGGCAUAAAGACAUGUAAUUUCCAUGAAGCAAAAGAUGAAACUGAAAAAAAAAUUAUACUCUAUACCUUAACAUUGACUGUCGAAAA